UCGAUGACUAAGUUAUACUAUUCGCUGAAGAGAGCUGGAGUACGCUACUGUGCGCUAGUAAUUAUAGCUCGCAAGGAAAAGUUUGUUGGAAGUCAAAGACAAAUCUGGAUAUAUUUUCUGAAAACAUUUAUAUAUUCUUUCUUGAUUCAUGUCACGUUGGAAUUGGGGACCUCAUUUUAAAAUGAACUUUAAAAUGACGGUUAUAAUUGCGUGCCUAAUCCUCCCCGUGGCUGCGGAGGUUGCGGACCAGGGGCUGAAUCGGCCACGGAAUGAAGAAUGGAACAAGACUGCCCCGCAGAUCCAGUGUAUUGAAAACCGACAGUAUGCGCAUGACGGCCGCUGCUGCAACAACUGCGAAGCUGGUACCUAUGUGAAAACGCCCUGUGAGAAGGCCUCGGAAGUAGGCGUCUGCGCUCCCUGUGAACCCAGAACGUACACAGAACACGCGACUGGGAUGGAUCGCUGCCUGACCUGCACACCGUGCCACAGGGAUCAAGAGGAGAUAGUGCCCUGCACCGCGACUCAGAACGCGCAGUGUCAGUGCAAACGUGGCUCCUUCUGUGAGAUGGACAAACCAUGUGAGGUGUGCAAAAAGUGUGCCAAGUGUAAAGAGGAUGAGGAGAAGAUUCAGAACUGCACCCGCACCUUGAACACCGUGUGUAGAAAAAAGCAAUCCCCCAUCUCUCCUAUCCCCACUGACCCUGUGACCCCCACUAUAAGCUCCCCCACUGAUGCCACUGUUCCAGUGGUUAUCUCCGUGAUGUGUGUACUGGUUCUCAUUGGAAUUGCUGCUGUCUUGUGGUGUUGGUGGAGAAGGCGGUCUGGCGAAAGGACAGAAACCCCAAGUGAUCCGAGUGAAGAGGUGAAGAUCAAUAUGGUCGACCAGUGCCACGGCGCGCCGGAGGAGGCGCGGGACGGCCGGAGCGCGGGGGAGCCGCGGCAGGAGUCGCAGCCCCUGCUGCAGGAGACGCAGGUCGUGCACGCCAAGUCCGUGCCCGUGGAGGACGAGGACAGGGGGCUGGGCGACAGCCUGCCCAACACCACCAACUCCUCCCAGACCAGCCUGUCUGCCCCGCCCACCGUGCCGUCCUGCGGCAGCUCGCCUCGCCACAGCCCCGCCCCUAACAGGCUGCCUGUCUGUCAGGGGGAGAGAAGAAUCAUUUCUUUGAAUGGUGAUGACUCACUAAAGAAGAGUUUUGACAUUUUUGAAGAAUUUUUGGAGCUGAAAAUUCACAAAAGGUUUUUCAGGGCUAUUGGUCUGAGCGACAACAUGAUCGAGAACGCGCGCGCUGAAGAUAAAGUGUACGAGCUCCUGAAGGCCUGGAUGCAGAAGCAGGGCCGCGAAGCCGACAUUAACGACCUCCUCAAUACGCUGCGUGACUUGGAUCAGAAGCUUUCCGCUGAAAACAUAAGUUUAAGGGCAGUUGAAAAGGGGUAUUACAGAUAUGAAGACGAGAGCAAUUAAUUGUCCUUGAAGAUCAAAAAAAAAAAAGAACAUGAUGGAAUGUGAGGUGUAAGAGAAGGGCCUUGUACAAGAACUGCAGUGUUGUUUGUGCAGGGUCCUGUGCCAUGGAAAAUGACCAAUGGUCAAAGUUUCCUAAUGGGUAAAUUACCUCUGAUAGGGGAAGCAUGCUCUCUCUCCUACUCUACAUGGACCCUGUGCGCUGCACCGUGCUGAUUGGUGCGGGUGAAGUGUACGGGGGGUGGGUAUACACUGGCUCUGAGGGAGCGUCAUGAUGCCUCCACACUGCUGUUUACCCUGGAUAUACUUGACACAUUGGUAUUCUAACUGCAUUAGCCAUUUUGAAAUGGCGGAAAAUGCAGAUGUUUUGCGCAUAGCUGUAGUUACUUCAGCGAUGUUUGGACUGCGCACAUUUUUCAGUUUGUUUAAUGUCUGGUGUCUCAGUGCACUCGUGGGAAAUAGCAAAGAACAACA